AAUUACCAUCGUUGCUUUUUAAGUCCACUGUGUUCCUUUUUUGCUUUGAUCAUCUUCAUAUACUUUUAAUCUUUUCCUUUUCGGUUUUGGAUAACUGUAUCAAUCUUUAAUGGCUAAUGACAAUAGAAAAGUCUAUUUAGAGUUCUCAAAGCUUGGAAGUGCACAUAGUUUCAAGGCCUAGUUUCAGGAAAAAGACAGUUUUGGAUACCUAAUAAUGUGUUAUUUUUUUCACUGAACUUUCCCCUCAUUGCUUUGCUGGUACCAUUGGUGGGUCAUGUUUGUUUUUUAGGCUGAAGUUAUCAGUAAAGUUUGUUCCUUUAAGCUAUACCCAUGAUUUGCUUCAGGGUGUUGUUUCAGUUUAUGCUGCUUUUAUUUUUCACUCUUUGAUGGUGGGCUGAGAGAUGAAGGAUCUUGAAGAUUGAGUUCAUCAAACUUCUUUGGAGUACAAUGGGGUUGAAAUUCACUCUUCUGCUGUUGAAGAUUUGCCUGACUGUCGGUGCUUUGUCCAUUGACAGAACUUCAGAAAUUCAAAAAAUACCACCUAAUUACCCUACCAAGCCAGGCCAACCCCCAUGGAUGCAACCAGACCCGGUAUCUUCUCUGACAAGAACUCCUACCAGCUUUGGCAGGACAAAGCAUGAAUAUCUGGCUGCUCCUCCUGUUGAGAAAGCAUCCCACAUUUCAUCAUCCAUGCAUCACUUACCAACUAAAGUUUACCGUCCACACCAUUUCUGGAAGCCUUCAAGCAUCGCAGUUGUGCCUUCUGCAUCAUCUUCUGGAGCCACUGCAAAGAAAUGGGUGCAUGGUCCUGCAUCUUCACCUUCGAUGUCUUUUCAUAAAUAUCAUCACCAAGCUGGGAAAAGUUUCAGAAACUCCACUCUUGAACCUUCUCAUGCAAUUCAUCCACCCACUUACAGCCAGCAAGGUCCUUCAGUUUCAGUUUCUCUCUCCCCUCACUCCAUGCCAAGCCAGGUUUCACCUGCACCCUUGCUUGCACCAUCACCAAAAAGACACUUCAAAUUUCCAGUUCUUCGACCAGCCAUUUCUCCUACAUAUUCUUCUCUAAAGAAGAUGAAGACUCCACCACCCUUUUCAGUUAUGGUACUACCACCUCCACCUCCUAAUGCAGAUUGUGCUUCGGUAACCUGCACAGAGCCACUAACAUACACACCUCCUGGGGCACCUUGUGCUUGUGUGUGGCCAAUCCAAGUAAAGCUCCACCUUGGCAUUGCAAUAUACACAUUCUUUCCAUUGGUUUCGGAACUGGCUCAGGAAAUUGCAGCUAGUGUGCAACUGAACCACAGCCAAGUUCGUAUUAUGGGGGCAAGCAGUCAGGAGCUAGAGAAAAGUACUGUCCUGAUCAAUCUGGUGCCAUGGGAAGUGAAGUUUAAUUACACUACUGCACUUUUAAUCUACAAGAAAUUUUGGAACAGACAGGUGUAUGUAAAGACUUCUCUUUUUGGUCCCUAUAAAGUGGUAUAUGUUCAAUAUCCAGGUCUUCCACCCUCUCCACCUUCAGCGGCUUCCAGCACUUCCUCCAUAGAUGAUGGGCCCUAUGCUGGUCAAGACAACAAUGGGCAAGCUUUGAAACCAUUAGGAGUUGCUGUACCACAGAGGAAGAGGAAUGGGCUCCGAGGAAGCAUGAUUACUCUAAUUGUUAUAUCAUCUUUCACAGCCUUUGUUCUAUGCUUGGGGAUUAUUUGGUUUCUCAUGCUAAAAUGUGGCAUUUGUGUUCGAGAACCAGAACAAAAACCACAUUCCUUAACAUCCUUCCCAGCAAAACCAUUAGGGGUGGCUGGGCCCAUGUUGCAAGGGAGCAUUUCCAGUUCUGCUUCAAUGUCAGUUAGUUCUGAUGCAUUGACAUAUACAGGAUCUGCAAAGAAUUUCACUUUGAAUGACAUAGAGAAAGCUACCAAUAGCUUUGAUGCUUCAAGAGUAAUAGGGGAAGGAGGUUUUGGUAUUGUCUACAGGGGCAUUUUAGAAGAUGGAACCAAGGUAGCUGUGAAAGUUCUUAAGAGAGAGGAUCAACGAGGAGGUCGAGAAUUCUUAGCAGAGGUUGAGAUGCUUAGCCGUCUGCAUCACAGAAAUUUGGUUAAACUGAUUGGUAUUUGCACUGAGGACCAAGCACGCUGCCUGGUCUAUGAGCUUGUUCCAAAUGGAAGCCUUGAAUCCCACUUACAUGGAGUUGACAAGGAGACUGAUCCCCUUGAUUGGGGUGCUCGGAUGAAAAUUGCCCUUGGUGCAGCAAGGGGCUUAGCUUACUUGCAUGAAGAUUCCAGCCCCCGAGUUAUUCACAGAGAUUUUAAGGCCAGCAACAUCUUGCUGGAGCAUGAUUUUACCCCUAAAGUUUCAGAUUUUGGAUUGGCUAGAACAGCAUUGGAUGAGGGAAACAAAUGCAUCUCCACCCAUGUUAUGGGGACAUUCGGUUACUUAGCUCCAGAAUAUGCAAUGACUGGUCAUCUGCUUGUGAAAAGUGAUGUUUAUAGCUAUGGUGUGGUUCUCCUUGAGCUCUUAACAGGAAGGAAGCCUGUGGACUUGUCCCAACCACCAGGCCAGGAAAAUCUGGUUGCGUGGGCACGUCCACUCCUCACAAACAAGGAGGGUCUGGAAACAGUUAUUGAUGCAGCUAUAAAAUCGAACCUCUCAUUUGACAGCAUUACCAAGGUAGCAGCAAUUGCAUCAAUGUGUGUCCAGCCAGAGGUAACUCACCGCCCUUUCAUGGGAGAAGUAGUUCAGGCAUUGAAGCUGGUAUGCAAUGAAUUUGAGGAAACAAAAGAGAUAGCAGCAUCAAGAGGUUGCAGCCAGGAAAGCUUUUCCACCAGCAAAUGCAGUAAGGUUGGUGAGUCUGUGGAAGCUUCAGAAGCUUGUUAUCAAAUACCUGCCUAUAAUUUUAGUCAUGAAAGCAAUGUAGCUUUACCCGCAUCGGCUUCUUUGAGUAUUCCGGCUGAGGUUGAGGAGGAGGAUUCUGGGUCUUCAAGGAGGAAUAGUUCAGGGCCACAGGGAACAGGAAGAAGGAGGCAGUUCUGGCAGAGAAUAAGAAGCUUAUCUAGAGGUAGCAAGGGUGAGCAAGAAUUUUCUGAUAAAUUAUGUCCGGAAUCCAUUUAAAAUUUUUGCCUAAAUUCUACUCUUAAAAAAAAAAAAAAAUUUCUUCCAAAUGAUAUCAUGCAGAGUGCAGAGUUGUAUUUUGAGUCUAUGUAGCUUGGGAAAACCUCUGAAAAUUGUUUCUUGAGAUCAUUCACUUAUCUUCCCACAUAUAUGAUGGAAGAAUAAGAAAAAUUCGGAGUUUAA